UGCAAAAUUACUCUCCAUUUAAAAAAGCGUUUUCUUAUUUGAGCUCCAAUGACAGGGUGUAACGUCACAUUGUAGUGAAUCCAUCUGGCCUGUAGGCGGCAGUAAUCAGAGUGAACGUUUGUUUCUUUGACAACCGACCAACUGCAGUCAGACGGACCUGCGCGGUUUUAGCAGAUCUACAAAGUAUCUGUGACGCUGUCAGGCCGUGUGUGGAGCUACUAUCGCUGUACAGAUCAGUGAAAUCUAUGACCGCAGGGUGAAGGCUGUGUGGAGGGCCGAGCGUGUACCGCCUGCCUGCUAUGGUAGUGGAUACGUGUAAUUCUAGGGGAAAAUGGCAGAUAGAAAAAAUAAUAAUGCUCCCAACACCGGUGCAAAUUUACUGUUCAGCGGCGCUCCGGAGUUUAACUUCAACUUGCCUUUCAUGCCAGUGAGUCAGGCCACUGGUCCGGCGGUGUUGUCAGGAGAUGAUUCCACUGAUGUUGGAGAAGAAGACAGCUUUCUAGGUCAGAUCUCCGGGAACGGACCAGCCCCUUCCACAUUCAACUACUUCUCCAGCCCCGUGACCAGCAGUGACCCGUUUGCAUCCAUCGGCCAGUCGCCAUGCCCUCCGUCGACCUUGUCCGCAGCGCCAACGACAAUAGGUCCGGUCUCUGUUCCCAGCAGUGUCAGCAUGGUGCCCCCGCCAGCUCAAGGCUCACAGAUGAACCCUGCUCCACCAGCAUUUGGCAGUGCAGUUUACCAGAGCCCUAUGGGGCGUCACACUCCUCCCCCCGCCUCAAUGACCCCGCCGCCUCCCCAGAUGCAGCUGCAGAGUCAUAACCCGUACCGACACACCCCCACUAGCAGUAGAGCCAGUCCUUAUAUUCCCGCUCCAGAGGUCCUGCCGCCGACACACACACCUCAGCAGAAUCCGUACUCUCUCGGGUCACCGCCACAGACAUUCCCGCCAACAGGACCCACAUUCACAAAGCCUCCUCCUACACAUAUGCACACACCUCCACCUCCAGCCAGCACUGCUGGGGCGAUUGUUCCUGCUGGUCCCAUGAUGCCAUACAACUACAAUGUCUAUGAGCCUGUCCAGCCUCACUGGUUCUACUGCAAGCAAGUGGAGUCAAAGUGCGUCUGGCUUCCUUUCAGUAUCAUUGACUCUCUUCAGCUGGAGGAGACGUAUAACUCUGUUCAACCAGACCCAGAAAAUGUGAUCGUACGUACAGAUGGAGGGCGAUACGACGUGCAGCUCUAUGACCGCAUACGGACCGCAGUGUACUGGGAGGAGGAGCCCACAGAGGUCCGCCGCUGCUCAUGGUUCUACAAAGGAGAUACAGACAGUCGCUUUAUUCCUUACUCUGAGGAGUUUAGUGACAAGCUGGAGUCAGAAUAUAAGAAAGCUGUAUCUACCAACCAGUGGCACCGUAGACUGGAGUUCCCAUCGGGGGAGACCAUUGUCAUGCACAAUCCGAAGGUGAUCGUGCAGUUCCAGCCCUCCUCCAUGCCAGAUGAGUGGGGCACAACUCAGGACGGGCAGACCAGGCCCCGAGUGGUGAAGAGAGGGAUUGACGAUGACCUCGAUGAAGUGCCUGAUGGUGAGCUCCCCAAGGUGGAUCAUCUCGUCUUCAUGGUUCAUGGAAUCGGUCCUGUGUGUGACCUGAGGUUCAGGAGCAUGGUCGAGUGUGUGGAUGACUUCCGCAGUGUGUCACUGAAGCUGCUGCAGAGUCACUUUAAGAAACCGCUGGACGAACACGCCAUCAGCAGGGUGGAGUUCCUCCCCGUCCAGUGGCACACGGCUCUACAUGGAGAUGCAACAGGGGUGGACAGGAGGAUAAAGAAGAUUACUUUGCCCAGCACUGGACGUUUACGUCACUUUACAAACGAGACGUUGUUAGAUGUGCUUUUCUACAACAGUCCCACCUACUGCCAGACCAUCAUGGACACGGUUGCCCAAGAGAUUAACAGACUUUACGCCCUGUUCAUGACGAGGAACCCAGACUACAAAGGAGGCAUAUCAGUGUGUGGACACAGUUUAGGUUCACUGAUUCUGUUCGACCUGUUGUCAAAUCAGAAGAAUGGAUCUCCUGCACUGGCCAAGGGCACUGCUAAUGGAGACACCAAACAGGUGGCAGCCCCCACUACACGGACAAAUAACGCUGUCACGCCUCCAGCUGUGGAGGAGGAGCCCAAAGAAGAAGGGGAAGAGUUUGAGGAUCUUUCUGCUAUGCUGGAGCAUCUGGGCUUGUCUGAGUACAAGAGUACCUUCGAUGAGGAGAAGAUUGACGUAGAAUCUUUUCUCAUGUGCACAAUCGAGGACCUGAAAGAGAUGGGAAUCCCGCUUGGUCCAAGGAAAAAGAUUGCCAAGUUUGUGAAAGAAAGAGUGAGUAAGCAGGCUGCACGCCAGGCUGCCCUGGAGAAGAAAGCGGAGGUAAAAGAGGUCAGUCAGGUUGCAGCGCCUCCGCCCGCAGUUGAAACGCCUCCUGAUUCCUCUGUAAUGAAGCUUCCAGUGGGCAACAGCGUCUCAUCCAUCCAUGUGAACUACAACUACUUUGAAGUUGGCACUGGGCAGGUGUCAGUGGUCUACCAUGCUCUGGACUUCGAGCCAGUAAAUUUCUUCGCCUUGGGUUCUCCAAUUGGCAUGUUCCUGACAGUCCGAGGGCUGGAAAAGAUUGAAGAGACGUACCAGCUGCCCACAUGCAGCGGAUUCUUCAACAUUUACCAUCCGUUGGACCCUGUGGCGUACAGGAUUGAGCCCAUGAUAUUACCAGACGUGGACCUGAAGCCCGUUUUGAUCCCACAUCACAAAGGAAGGAAGAGGCUUCAUCUCGAGCUGAAGGAGAGUCUCACCAGGAUGGGUUCUGACCUGAAGCAGGGUUUUAUCAGCUCCCUGAGGACUGCCUGGCAGACACUCAAUGAGUUCGCUCGCGCUCACACUGCGUCUGCCCAGCUUCAGGCUGAGCUGGCAAUCGUAGCCAAUCAGAUUGAAGAGCAAGAGAAGCAGGCGCAGGAAGAGCAUAAAAUCCCUGAGAGCCCUGAGCCACAGAGAGAAGAGGAGCCUCAGGUGAAGAUAGGGAUGCUGAAUGGGGGAAAUCGCAUCGACUACGUCCUGCAGGAGAAGCCCAUUGAGAGCUUCAACGAGUAUCUGUUUGCCCUCCAGAGUCAUCUCUGCUACUGGGAAUCUGAAGACACAGCUCUGCUUCUUCUCAAAGAGAUCUACAAGUCCGCGGGGAUCCAUCCAGAACAGUUAGCACAUUAAUACUAUGAAGAACCCAAGAUGAAGAUAAGCUUGUUUGAAACGUUCCCAUUGAUUUUAUUUCAUGUCAGUUCUCUUGGAUUUUGAAUAUGCUUUUUCCUUUUUUCUCUUUAUUUUCUAUCCAUGUAGUUUAUUGUAUGCAGAUGAAUAAUACACUUGUAUUAUGCCAUUUGUCUUAAAUUAAGAAGCAUACAAGUGUGACAAAAGACACUUGACAAGUUUGAUAUUACAUUUUUAUAGAAUAAAUUAUAGAACUGGUUGAGUUUGACUGAAAGUAUGUCUCAUCAAAUCAAAUGCUAACAUGAGAAAUGACACACUUAAUGCAGCCUUCUGUAAGUUUUAUUUCAUGGCCAAAAAUUCAAAAUAAAUCAUUUCCUUGCACAGUUA